UUGGUUAGUCUAAUGCAUGCCUGAUCUGACUCAAUGUUCAAUCAUUGAUUUUGUCAAUAAAUCAUUGACUGGUUUCGAAAUUUCAGUAUUUUCAUCACUUUGGUGGUCUAUGUUUUGGUACUGUUUGGGUUUUGAUCACAAAAAUAUUGUUGGUAUCCGACCGGAAAAGUCGAUUUGGCAUCCAUGCAACUUCCCGCGCUUUGUGCGUUUCGCGGUCGUGGUGGUGUUGGUCGCGGUUUUGGUUUUCGCGUUAUUUCUUUUGUAUUUUAUCAAGUCUAUUAAAUCGGUUGGUUUGUUGUUAGAUUGCUACGAAUCUUUUAAACAAGACACCAUCUGUAUCUGCAUCAACUCAUUCAUCGUAGUUCAAAAUGGCUGACAAGGAGUCGGCCCCUCAGUGUGAAAAUGAAAAGGAGGUGAAGACCGACUCGGCUGAAACGAAAGCAGUUCAAGUCGAAGGAAAGGAAGGGUCACCAAAGUCAUCACCCUCUAAGAUUGAAACGAACGAGGCGCUGCAGCACCUGGUGCAGGGUAAGCGUCACCUGCUGGUGCGGGACGUCAACUCGGCGGUCAACUCGCUCCAGGAGGCGUGCCGGCUGCUGGCCGAACAGUACGGCGAGACGGCCGACCCGUGCGGCGAGGCCUACUUCUUCUACGGCAAGGCACUGCUCGAGCUGUCGCGCAUCGAGACGGGCGUGCUCGGCAACGCGCUCGACGGAGUGCCCGAAGGAGACGAUGCCGACACGUCGCAGACGGAGGAUCCCGAGAAACUGUCAGAGGAGGAAAGGAUGCAGGUGGUCGAGGAGGUGGACGAAGCGCUCGAGGAGAACUUCAUCACUCUGGAGAAGGCCAGACACGCUAAAGAUGGGAAGGGUUCGGCAUCUGAAAUCGACAAGGAAACCGGCGAAACGUUGAUGGAAAAUGGCGAGACGCAAGCAAAGGCGCAGGAGGCCAAUGCGGUCGCUGAAAAUGGGGUUGACAUGGAAGUGUCAGAGAAAACGCAAGCCGAUGCUGACAAGACACCUGAAGAGGUUGUGAAGUCUGACUCUGACAAGGCCACGGCUACGGACGCUGACAUUGCUGAGGACGGUGCUGCCAAGGCUGGCGCGGAGGGGUCCGCAGAGGGGUCUGCGGCGCAGGCCGAUGAUAAGGAGUCCGCUGAGGAAAUGGAGGUUGAUGGCGCUACCCUGUCGACGGCAGGGGGAGACGCCUCCUCUGGUGACGGGAAACAGCCUGGCACCGACACUGCCGUGGUCGAGCCGGGAGAGGAUAAGUCAGCCGCUGCCAACGCCGAAACUGUGGAAUCGAAGCCCGAAGAUAAAACCACUGAGGUCAAGGAAGCUUCCAAAGAGUCCGGUGAUAAGCCUGCUGAGCCCGGCACUGUCGAGGUUGGCGUGGAAACUAAUCCAAAUGAUACGGUUGAGCCGGCCACAGAGGCUUCGGCUGUGUUUUCUGCCGACAUUGAGGCUAAGGAGGCCACCUCCGAUACUACUAAGACCCAGGAGGCAGUGGACACUCCCACUGACAAGGCAGCUGAUGUGUCUGCGGAGAAGGCCGCCGAGUCUGCCGACAAAGACGAGAAGGCCCCGAACGACGCGAAGCCAGUCGAAUCGACAGAGGGUGACGAGGAAGAGGACGGGGACGAUGAGGAGGCGGAGGACGCGCCCGUCAAGGAGGACGGAGAGGGAGAGACCAAAGAGGACGCCGGAGAGGAGGCCAAGGACGGCGACAAGGGUGAAGAGGAUGGUGCGGAGGGCGAGGAGGGCGCGGACACCACCAAGGAGGGCGACACGUCACGGGACUGCGACACCGAGGAGGGAGAGGAGGGCGAAGGUGACGGCGCCAAGGAGGGAGACGACGAGGAGGAGGACGUGCCCAACAUCCAGCUGGCCUGGGAGGUGCUGGAGCUCGCCAAAAUCAUCUUCACCAGGCAAGCGAAGGACAAGCCGUCUGACCUGAAGCUGUCUGAGGUGUACCAGAAGCUCGGUGAGGUCAGCAUAGAGGCCGAGAACUACAGCCAGGCAGUAGACGACCUCGGCAACUGCCUCACCAUCCAGAAGAAGCACCUGGACGCGGACGACCGACUGAUCGCCGAGACGCACUACCACCUGGGCGUGGCGCACUCUCUGGCCAACCAGUACUCGGAGGCGAUCGCCGCCUUCCAGGCCUCGGUGGACACCAUCCUGGCGCGCGUACAGAGGCUGCAGCGGCAGAUCCUCGACAGGGAAAACGGGAAGAAGAUCGAACACGAGGACCCCUUCUACAAGGAGGAAAACGAAAUCAAGGAGUUGGAGGAUCUCAUUCCAGACAUGAAGGAGAAGAUUGCCGAUAUGCGAGACAUGAAGGCUGAAGCACAAAAGAAAAUCGCCGAAGUGUUCGCGGCCAGCGGAGGGGCCGGCCCGUCCACCUCCGCGGCUCCCAUCUCCCCCGUCAAAGCCAUGAUGACGUCACGGCCGGCCGCCAGCGCCGCCGACGGCGACGGCGAGAAGAAAGAGGCGCACAGCAUCGGACACCUAGUCAAACGGAAGCGUCUGUCCGAGCCGGCGGCGGAAGAGGACGCCAAGCGGACCAAACAGGAGAACGGCCACAACGGCGUCAACGGCCACGCGGCCCCCUGAGCGACCCUCGCCCGCCCCCCGCUCGCCCGCUCCGGUCCCGCGCGAGGUGACGCGGUCGUUAGGCCCCGGGCCGCCGCCGUCGCCUUGGAUCUGAAGAAUCGGUCAUCAUCGCUCAUGGUGUCGCCACGUCCACGCCAUUUUAUUGUGCUGUUGAGUGUACUGUUGAUUUUGGUGUAAAUAAACUUUGUAUGAUCAUGGU